CUCUGGAAUAUUGUGUCCUCAUCGCAUUCAACGCGAUGCCCAAGUUUUACGGCCGCGGGCGAUGGGACCCGAAGCUCAUCUUCCUUCAGAUGGUAUGCGUACAGUGCUCACAUUACCUUGCCCUUGGUGUCCUGCUCGCCGUGUUCCACGGUCACAACAUCACGAUGGACCAGUUCUUCUCGUACAAGAUUCAUGCGUUUGAAAGCGUCGACGGCAUGCAAACGUCGACGGCACAUGUGCUUGGCGGACUCGCGAGUGCGCUCUUUCUGUGCGUCAUCGUCGAACGGGCAAAGAAAUGUCUCGACUUUGGACUCACCCUGUACUUCAUCGACUUCGUCAUCUGCUGUCUUUACGGGGGCCUUCCAUCGAGCAUGACGUGGUGGGUCGUUCACGCCGUUUCCCUUGGCAUUACCGUCGUCCUAGGUGAAUAUCUGUGCUCUCUUCGCGAAUUGCAAGAGAUUCCGAUGCUCGAUCUGUUUUCCCAGCGGCGUCCGCAUUCCCCGACCAAAUCCCACACCCAGUUGUCGUCUACUUCGACGAGCAGUACACCCCAGAAGCAGUCUUAACAACUCGCAUGUAUCCUGUCGAUUCCCGUGCUUUGUACAAACUGACGAACCACCAGCGUACACCACGAACCCAAGCAACUUCACCCCGCAUCUGCCGUGUGUAUUCCCGCAAGAUCACGAACAGAGGUCCUGAAGUCGCGACCUGACAAUUGGUUCUCCAUGUGGAGAAGUAAGUGUCUGAAAGGUAUGAUGGACUGAAACGCGCAACAAGAAGGUCCCCAUUUGCUCCGACGGUGGAUUCGUGCGUCGCCAACACACGAUGCUCCAAUUCAACUUCCUACCGAGGUGUCGUGCAUUUGG